AUGUCUACCACAAGGGAUCAAGAUCCAGCCAUAGAGAGCCGAGACAACCCACUAACUCUUGAGGGAGAGUGGGUACAGGAAGCUUUAGAGAGUAGUGCAGUAGACCUAGAUGGGUCCUCUGCCACACCUGAAUCUGAAGAAGUAGUGGUCGAUUGUCCUAGAGAGGUGGAGGAAGUUGGGGCCGGAAUCCCAGAGGAAGAGGGUGACAGGGGAGACAGUGUGGAUGUUGAGGAAGACUCGGAGAUUGAAGCUGUUGCUGAGGAGGAGGAAGAAGGUGAGGAGGAGGAAGAAGGUGUUCAAGCAGGUCAAAAUGUUGUGGUGGAUGCCCAUCAUUUCCCAAUGGCUGGCUUCCGAUUUAUGUUUCUGGAUUUGGUCCAUGCCAUUCUCAAUCGUGUCUAUUACAACGACCACAUCCUGGCUAGAGACCCUCGAAAUGAGAUGGACUCACCUAACACUUCCGAAUCUGACAACUCAAAUGAGCGCCAAACACCACCCGAGCCUAUCCCAUCAACAGUGAGGGCCGCAGAGUAUGUGCAUCAGGGCCCAGACCUUCCUGAGGUUAUCGCCACAUUUCCAGAGCUGGAGGAGCCUGCUGCCUUCGAGGAAGCAGCAGAUCAUUACCUGCAGGAGACAACAGGAGAAGAAAUGAACAUCACUGCAUGGAAUAUUUGCUAG